AUGUGUGACAUGGGGGGAUUGGAUAACCUGGUGGCCAACACGGCCUACCUGAAGGCCCAAGGUGGGGAUGACAAGGAGAUGAAAAAGCGCAGACGCAGCUUGUCUCUGCCCAAGACCGAACAAUGUGUGGUGGUACGGACCGCCAUUGAAAAGGACUUCUCUCAACUGUGCGAGAGGCAGCCUAUCGGCAAGAAGCUCUUCAGACAGUACCUGUCAAGCAACCCCGAGUAUACCAAUGCCGCCAGCUUCUUCGAUGACAUGUAUGACUGGGACCUGGCCGAGGGGGCAGCCAAAGACAAGGCCCGUCAGAACAUCAUUAAGAAGUACUGCAAGGCGGACUCCAAGAACUUCCUCACCUUCCUGCCCCCCGAAUCACAAACCAAGUGCAAGGCUGUGACGGACAAGGACUUCGAUGAUGUGAUGAAAGGCAGCAUCCAAGACGCAGCAAGAGAGUUUCUAAAGGGGAAGCCUUUCACGGAUUACCAGACCACUCCGUUCUUUGACAAAUUCCUCCAAUGGAAAGAGUAUGAGAAGCAGCCCAUCAGUGACAAAUACUUCUACGAGUUCAGAACCUUGGGAAAAGGAGGAUUCGGCGAGGUGUGUGCCGUACAGGUGAAGAACACAGGCCAGAUGUAUGCCUGCAAGAAAUUGUGCAAAAAACGUCUGAAGAAGAAAGGCGGUGAGAAGAUGGCCCUUUUGGAGAAGCAGAUUUUGGAGAAGGUUAACAGCCUGUUUCUAGUCAACUUGUCCUAUGCCUACGACAGCAAGACUCAUCUGUGCCUGGUCAUGACAUUGAUGAAUGGAGGAGAUCUCAAGUACCACAUUUACAACAUUGGCUACGAUGGCAAUGGUGUGGACAAGGGCAUCGAGAUGAAGCGCAUCAUCCACUACACGGCGCAGAUCACCACCGGCAUCCUCCAUCUGCACGAGAUGAACAUCGUGUAUCGAGACAUGAAGCCAGAGAAUGUGCUGCUUGACAGCUUUGGCCAGUGCCGACUCUCAGAUCUGGGUCUUGCCGUUGAGCUCCGCGAAGGAAAGACCAUCACCCAGAUGGCUGGAACCGGAGCCUACAUGGCCCCUGAGCUCCUGACCAAGACCCCCUACAGGACCUCUGUGGACUGGUGGGCCCUGGGCUGCAGUAUCUACGAGAUGGUGGCCGGGUACACGCCGUUCAAAGGUCCCGAGAGCAAAAAGGAGAAGGUGGAGAAAGAGGAGGUGCAGCGCCGCAUUCAGAACGACGAGCCGCCGUGGGAGCACAAGUGCUUCGACGCGGUCACCAAGGACAUCAUCCAGCAGUUCCUCAAGAAGAAGAUCGAGGAGCGCCUGGGCGUCAAGAACAACCUGGAGGACCCCAGGAAGCAUGAAUGGUUUAAGCUGAUCAACUUCCCCCGUCUGGAGGCGGGGCUGGUGGAACCCCCAUGGGUCCCCAAGCCCAACGUGGUCUACGCCAAGGACACCGGCGACAUCGCCGAGUUCUCUGAGAUCAAGGGCAUUGAGUUUGACGGAAACGAUAACAAGUUCUUCAAUGAGUUUGGCACAGGGGCGGUUUCCAUCCCCUGGCAACAGGAAAUGAUUGAGACCGGACUGUUUGACGAGCUCAGUGACCCCAACAGGAAAGAGUCAUCGGCAGGUGGUGGCGGCGGCGAGGGCAAGUCCGGCACCUGCAUCAUGCUGUGAGGAGCCGACAAGUACCCGAUAUCGUCCAUCACAAAUAACACUUGAAACUAGUUUUGAUUUGUUGAUUUGUCCGGUGACUUAAACCCUUUGUCCAUCAGAUGGAUUGCGCAUACAAACAAAGAGAGGAGAAACAGCGCCACAGGGAAAGGUGUAGCAGCCUGUUCUAGUCGGUUGCACGGGGUUUAGAAAUCUACGGCACUUAAUGGAAGGUUUACUGAGAUUUACAUUUAAAACAGGGAGAUGGAUAGAGCAGGUUAUUGUUGAAGUGUGUGUGUGGGUGUGUGUGUGUCGUCACUGGCCUUCAGCUACACUGCAGAUAUUUCUUGAUGUGAUGUAGACCAGUUGGCCCUAAAGCAGAGAACCGGUGAUUGAUAUGUGCUGCUCAUUGGGAGUACUUGAGUUAGAGGAGUACUCGCAGAUGAGAAGCCUACCUUGUAGAUGACUACUUGACUUGAAUAUUCAGUUACAAAAUGUACCAUAUCCCAUCACUAUUUUUUUGUUCUUCAGUGUUUUAUAAAAGUUGCCCUCUUGCAUCCCUUAUAAAAUGAGGCAUCAUAGAGACCAUGUCUUUACAAUCGGAAAGCAUAGGCAAAUAUGUUCACCGUAACCUGCUGACAUCAAACGCAGUGAGUUCCAAUGCUAGAUAUUAAAAUUAGUUUUAUAAAAAUAACAAGAAAAAAGUUUAAUUAUUUCAAAAGGAUGUAUAUGUGUGCAUAAAAUGUAUGCACCGACAGAGAAACUGUUGAGAUGUUUGUUUAAAUGCUAGUUGUGAGUGAAGGCUGUAAAAGGGUUAGCGGCUGCAUGGUUGGUUUGGCUGCGGCUGCUCAGUUCAACUCAGGAGGCUUUUUGGACCUCCAGCCCCGGAGGCUUUUGGACAAACCUAGUCAAGGAACGGCAGUCAUAUGCUGCUCAUGGAGGGAGAGGAGUGUCAGAGGAAUUGGGCAAAACUGUUAAUAUAUUCCUGUACCAGGAUUUUGGGACCCAGGAAUCUGGGGGUGGUGUACCUGUGAAGAUUCAGGCUGUCCAUUCCAAUGAACAUGAGGAUAGUUUCUUUUUUGUUUUUGUCAUUAUGCUGUGCUUGGAUAUGACUCAAACAAAACCGGAGUAUAGUUCAGGUUCUAAACUGUGUUUGAGUUCAUAGAGGAAUGGGUUAGCUUGAACAAAGUAUGCUAUGUAUAAAAAGAAAAUUGUCUCAGGGUUAAUAUUUGAUCCGAUUUGGGAACUUGCAGUUCUUUUCCCGAGUUUUAACAGUAACUUUUGCUGUUAUAUAUAUAUAUAUAUAUUUAUGCCUACAUAUUAAUAUAUUAUCUAAUUAAUACUUGUAAAUAUGACGACAAAGAAGAUAUCCCCAUUAGAAAUGUCAGAUUAAAAAAAUUAGAGAUUUUAUUGAAUCCUGCAUAAUUCGAAUAAUUACAGAAAUAUUUAAAAAUAUAAAAAAAUAUAUAUAUCAAAUAUAAAGUCUGUCUUUAAAUUAUUUUUCCAAAAAAAUAUGUAUUUGUAUGUAACUCAUGUAUAUAGAACAAUAAAUACUCAUAUGUGGGCA